AUGGGAAUCUACAAUCCUUCCGACUCAAAUAACAUCGAGUCUUUGGUGACUAAAGACGAGAAGCCGCUGAACACUUCUGCAUUGAGCACCAUCAAUGAUUCUUUUGAGUCAUUGCUGUCUUCGGCAAACAAUUUGACUUCUUCUUCUAUCUCCAAUCUUCUUGACUGGUCUACCAAGUAUUUGGGCGAUUCGAGCCAAGACUUGCAUGAUAACCUCUUUAACGCGGUGGACCAGGUGGUCGACAUGUUACCGUUCUUCAAUGAGUCUCCUUUCCUGUCGCUUGGUCGCAGGUUCAAAAAUCAGGAGACUCCUUACGGUCUCUGGGCCUAUCCAAUUCCGUCUGCCAAGUUGUACUCUAGGUGUCAGGAGAUGAACGGCUUGUCUGUGUGGGAUACUAAUGGGGCUUGGAGAUGUUUAUUCCCAAGAGCCAGCAUCCCGGAUGACUUCGGUUCAGCACUGGCCAGAGAAGACGUGGAGAACGACUCCUCUCACCAAAAAGGUUUGUUUUUCCAGCAAUACACGGAUUAUCUUGGCUUCAAGAUUAAGAUGACGGAACUGGCCAACAAGAAGCGCAAGGAGGAAUGGGAGAAGUUCAAAGAAGAGCAGAAAUCCAAGUGGGAUUUUUACAAAGACGAUAAGAAGUUCAGCGAUAGCCCUCAAUUUACAGGAUCUAGUACCUCUACCACCAUCCGCACGCUGGAUGACGGCGACGUGGAAAAGGUUACUGUCAUGAAGCAGUUCUUCAACGACGGAUCCAGCACCAUCAAAGAAACCAAAGAGAUUCUUAACAGUGCUGGUGAGCGCAAGACCAUUGAUGAGAACUGUCAGAAACUUCCAAACCAGAAGAAGUCAGGCUGGUUUUGGGACAACGAGAAAUGA